AUGGUCGAGGCAACCCCAGAUAUGGCAAGGUACUGCUUUGCUGUUAUAUCUAGCAGACUGAAAAACGAAAAGAUUCCAAAUGCUCCUGAAGGCAUCCCUAACGACCCUUGCCCAAUAUUCGUCAGCCUGAAAACUCUGCAUGGUAGGCUUCGAGGUUGCAUCGGCAAUUUCGAUGCUGAGCCACUGCAUGAGCAACUCAAAAGGUACGCGAUAGCUUCUGCGUUUGAGGACAGCCGCUUUCCUCCAGUUGAGCUAAAGGAGCUCCCGUCAUUGACUUGCUCUGUGUGCCUUCUUCAUUCCUUUGAAAAGGCGGCAAACUGGAAAGACUGGGUGCUUGGUGUUCACGGAAUCAGAAUUAAAUACAAACACUACGGUGCAACUUUCCUUCCCUCGGUCAUGCCAGAACAGGGUUGGGAUCAUAAGCAAGCGUUACAUCAUUUGCUUAAGAAGGCUGGCUAUAGUGGUGAUGUGACGGAGUCUGUUCUCAAUGAAGUGGAUGUGACCCGUUACCAGGAAAGCAAGGCUGAUGUGUGCUUUGCAUCCCUAGAGUCAAGGGCAUAA